CCCUCCUCUUCUCCUCCCCACCGCGUUCACCGAAGCGGAUGAAAACAAACACUAACGAUGGCGGCGCCGGGAAGCGACCGGCUGCUAGGUUUAAGGCGGGAGUGAUCGCUUGAGCUGUGAGGAGAGUCGUAAAGAGCUCGGGUCGACGUGAGUGCGACGACUCGCUCAGCCCUGAGAGCGAGUACCUGGGGCCGACGAGCCACGAGCCUCCGGAGGCGUGAGGUGUCUGUCUGCGACCCGUGCUGUCACUGCCGCUCCGGAACGCGGAACCCUCAGCCAGGAGGCGCAGCCGGCCGGCCCCAGGCCCCGGCCUCCGUAAUGAGAGCCCUGAGCCACGCUCUGUGUCACAGCUUGGCAGGUGAGGGUGACUGUUGACUAGUGAAAAAAGGGACCCAAGGUUCACGACUAUCUUCUUACUGGCAGUGGAAACGACCUGUGGAAACCUGCGAUCCAUUCUCAUUAAGUAAAUCUCUGGAUUCCCAUAGGCAAUGGAAACUGAUCUCAGUUCCCAGGACAGAAAGGACCUGGACAAGUUCAUUAAAUUUUUUGCCCUCAAGACUGUUCAAGUGAUUGUCCAGGCUCGGCUUGGCGAGAAGAUUUGUACUCGUUCAUCUUCAUCCCCAACGGGUUCAGAUUGGUUCAACUUAGCAAUCAAAGACAUCCCAGAGGUUACACAUGAAGCAAAGAAGGCACUGGCAGGACAGCUGCCUGCCGUCGGGAGAUCUAUGUGUGUGGAGAUCUCACUCAAGACUUCUGAGGGAGAUUCCAUGGAACUAGAAAUUUGGUGUCUUGAAAUGAAUGAAAAGUGUGAUAAAGAAAUCAAAGUUUCCUACACUGUGUACAACAGACUGUCGUUACUGCUGAAGUCUCUCCUGGCUAUAACUAGGGUGACGCCAGCUUACAGACUCUCCAGGAAGCAAGGGCAUGAAUAUGUCAUAUUGUACAGGAUAUAUUUUGGGGAAGUUCAGCUGAAUGGCUUAGGAGAAGGUUUCCAGACAGUUCGUGUUGGGACAGUGGGCACCCCUGUGGGCACCAUCACUCUUUCUUGUGCUUAUAGGAUUAACUUGGCAUUCAUGUCUACCAGGCAAUUUGAGAGGACCCCACCUAUCAUGGGGAUUAUCAUUGAUCACUUUGUGGACCGUCCCUAUCCCAGCUCCUCGCCCAUGCACCCCUGCAAUUACAGAACCACUGGUGAGGACACUGGAGUAACAUAUCCUUCUGUGGAAGAUUCUCAAGAAGUGUGUACCACCUCUUUCUCCACCUCCCCUCCAUCCCAGUGUGUGUUUACUGUUACAAAGGCACAUUUUCAGACCCCUACUCCUGUGGUGACGGAUACCCUGAGGGUCCCCAUGGCAGGACUGGCCUUUUCCCAUCAACUCUCAAGCUCUCGCCUUUCCUAUCAGCCUGCUGCCCUGGGCGUUGGAUCAGCUGACCUGGCUUACCCAGUAGUGUGUGCUGCUGGCUUACACACCACACAUCCUCACCAGCUAAUGGUUCCUGGGAAGGAAGGUGGGGUACCCCUUGUCCCCAACCAGCCUGUCCACGGUGCCCAGGCUGAUCAGGAGAGACUGGCAACCUACACCCCUUCUGAUGGGGCCCACUGUGCUGCCACACCUUCUAGCAGUGAGGAUACUGAAACUGUAUCAAACAGCAGUGAGGGACGGGCCUCUCCCCACGAUGUCUUGGAGACCAUCUUUGCCCGAAAAGUGGGGGCUUUUGUCAACAAACCCAUCAACCAGGUGACUUUGACCAGUUUGGACAUACCCUUUGCUAUGUUUGCUCCCAAGAAUUUAGAGCUGGAGGAUGCUGAUCCCAUGGUGAAUCCUCCGGAUUCCCCAGAGACCGAGUCUCCUCUACAGGGCAGCCUGCACUCUGAUGGCUCCAGCGGUGGCAGCAGUGGCAAUACCCACGAUGACUUUGUCAUGAUCGACUUUAAACCAGCUUUUUCUAAAGACGACAUUCUUCCGAUGGACUUGGGGACCUUCUAUCGUGAAUUUCAGAACCCCCCUCAGCUGAGCAGCCUCUCCAUAGACAUCGGGGCACAGUCCAUGGCCGAGGACUUGGACUCACUACCAGAGAAGCUGGCUGUGCACGAGAAGAACGUCCGAGAAUUUGAUGCCUUUGUGGAAACCCUGCAGUAAAAGUUGGUGUCCUUGAGUACCAGCAGCAUCCCCUUUCUGUGGUCCCAGGAGACAGACAGCCUCCCACUCAUCAGCUGCUCCCAUUCCUCGUCCUGCUCCAAGCCAGGUGGAGGGGAGGCUGGUUUCCCCCAUGGGGACCCGGAAGUCCCUGCUCUUGCACCUCCUGGAGACUCCAUGGCAGCAGUCAAGCCCAGUUAGAGCAUUUGAGAGGACUCGCCCUCUGGCCUUGGAGACCCUUUGUAACAAAAGGGCCCUCUGCAGGGCCAGCUGCUUCCACCGCCCAUCAGCAUCUGUUCAUAAAGGUUGUCAUCCCAUCCUUCCCGCUGCUGGGCCCCUGCUCUGGGUCUGCCCUGCAGCUGGCCUCUCGUCUGCCUGCCGUUACCACCAACCGUUUGACAUUCCAGCUGGUGGCCCAGAGACUGGCAUGGAGGCACAGAGAGGAAGGAGACAGUGCUGGGAUGGGGGGAAGGGCUCCUUCAGGCUCUUUGUUGUUUCCUUCAGUUCUGGUAUCUUCUUCCUCUCUCCCUCCCUUUGCCCCUGUGCCUGCACUUUGGCAAUAUGACAGGCCUCUCCAAGAUGAGAACUCGAAAGUCAGCCAUUCCCACCCUUGAAGGUUGUGCCAGUCUCUCCUUUAACAGAGGGUCUGAGCAGCCCUGGUGGCUGCCUGUGCUCAGCUCCUCAGCUACAUAGAAACAGAAUCCUGUGUCUCUGGGAUUGGGAGGCACAGCAAAGGUUCUUUUCUUCCUUCUCUUCCUUCCCUGUUGCUGCUCCUUGGUUAUAGAACACAGUAAAUAUUUAUUACUUUCAGAGAAGUCAGAUAUUUUAUAGAGAAAUUAUGUUUGAGGUUAGAUAUUUUCACUUGGGGAAGGUGAAGGGCCUCUUCCUGGGACUGGGCAGCCUCCUGCGGAGGUUCCUCAGAUUCCAGGUUGCUGCUCCGGGGAUCUUCCUUCCCAUAUAUAUAAGGUGGGAGCCAAGAGUAGGGCUGGUGAGAACAACAGGACCCCCCAGACUUGCUGCAUUUGAACUGACAACAGGCCUUACCUGGGACACCUACAUAUUCCUGGUGAGAGCCUUGGCUCUCUCACAGGGCCUGCAGAGUGACUGGCUUUGUUCUGGCAGCCCAGGAGGCCUUGGGUGCUAAACAUGGUGACUCCCUAGAGUUGUGCCGUACAUUGUGCCCAAGGGCAUUAUGUGUUCCCCACUGGUGGACCUCGGGAAGUCCAGACGGGCCCCUCCUGGGGUACUUGUUCCUGUUCUCAGGGCAAGACUAUGGGUCCUUUCCUCCUUUCGCCUGGUUCUGGCCACCACCUUCUAAUCCCAGGGUCUAUACACUGCCCUGAGGCUUAUUGGUUGCAUUGGUUCCUUGUUGAGAAACUAAAGCCGGGCAUAUGAUUGACUUAACCCUUCAGGUGUUGUUACUUGGGUAAGUCAAGUGCCUAGCCUCACCCACCUAUGCCUUCUGUCCCUCUCCCAGCCUAACUGGUAGUCCUGGCCGUGGAAACUUAGGCCUGCCCCUUUGCCCCUGACCCACGAGGGGCCCUCAUUGGCAGCAGCUGUUCACAGUGGAGCAUCUGGCCCUCAAUUGCUCAGUAACUGCAUGUGACAUUGUUUCCACCUGCAGAGCUGAUCUCUGAGGGCUUCAGUGGGCUCUGCUGCUGCCUCCAUUAGGCUGAGCCUUGCCCCUGUGCAUGUGUUCUCUGCCACAAAGAAAUGUUCCCAGCAGUGAUGUCCCAGAGCACACCCAUGGCCGGCUAAACCAAUCCAGGUUUACCUCCACAGCCCCAGACUGAGAAGGGUGGAGGCCCGUUGUAAGUUAUUCAUUGCCCCCCUCCCCCCCCAGCCCCAAUGUCUCAGCCACUGUCCUCCUUUUGAGGCCAAGCAUGGAAAAUUCCUCUGACUUCUAAAUGCUGGCCUGUGCAGGCAGCAGCCUUUCUUCAGGACCCCAUCAGUGAGAGGCCAGGGAGGCUGAACCCUGACUUUGCGUUGAGUCUGGGAGGAGCAGAGCAAUGGUCAAGGCCGGCCCUUGCCCCUCAGCCCUGUACAGUAGGAGGUAUGAGCCCUAAACUGAUUUCUGCAGCACUGGGGAUGGGGCUGGGACCAGUCAUCUGUCCCAGGUGGCAGAGUCCCUCCCCUCCUCCAGCCUACCUUGUUUGGAAAUACUGAGUUAUACUUUAAAAUGUAUUCAAGAGAUUUCCAAUAAAGUUUUUUCUGUACCUUA